GACGAAAUAUUAUUAUCGGAGAGGAAAAUUCUCACAUUUAUACAACUACUGGUUUUAAAGUGCGCGCAUGUUUACUUUUGGAUUAAACUUCUAUAUCUUGACAUUUCAUUAUUUCGAAUAGACUGGAAGUGUGAAAACGUUAAAGAAAAAUAGAAAGGGAUUAUACAGUGCGUACAGGAAUGCAGAUCUCAAAAAGUCAUUGUAAAACCUUAAGCAUAUAAGAAACACUAUUGUCAUUUUGUGUGAAAUUCUGGACGUACAUUGUGUAUCUGAUGAUCAUGUAAUUUCGCGAUCAACAGGUGUCAACAGUUAUAGCAGUCACAGUGAAAAACAUCGACCGAAUUUAUUCCCACAUGGAUAUAUAUUAGAAAAGAAUUAUCACUGUUCGAAAUGGCAUGGGGAGGGUGUAAGCGCCCAAAGAUGGAUUUUACGACCACCGUAGGUAGAACUUUAUUGCUUCUGAUUCUGGUGCUAAUUAUGGAUCUAAGUUGCGGUGCUGAACUGACAUAUUCAGUAGAGGAAGAAAAAGGCUCGGAAUAUAUCGGUAACGUAGGUGAGGAUUAUGAUCUACGAUCUACCAUGACACAGGAAGAGUACUCCAACUUAGUGUACCGGAUUUUGUCUAGCGGUAAUAGUUUUGCCCAUUUCUUCAGAAUUGAAUAUACUACAGGAAAACUUUUUACCAAAGAACCCAUUGACAGGGAUAAUUUAACCCACUGCUCCAGGACUUUGAACUGUGUUAUCUCCCUUGAUAUUGCCGUCCAAGCGACGAUUGGUGCGUUUUUCCGUAAAAUUAACGUAGAUAUAAACGUAAUUGAUCUCAACGACAAUAGUCCAGUUUUCCCCAAAGGAAGAGAUAGUGCAACAUUUUUAGAAAACUCCGUCGAAGGGACUUCAGCUUCCAUAGAUGGUGCUCAAGAUAGCGACUCUGGAAAUAAUACGGUGGUUAGAUAUUACGUAGAUACACCUGACGUGCCUUUUGACGUCAUGUUAGAAAAAAUGCCGGACGGAAGUUCCACAGUUAAAAUUGUUGUGAAUGGGAAACUAGAUCGGGAAGAAAAGGAUUUUUAUCAAAUAAGACUUGUAGCGGAAGAUGGUGGCGAUCCGAAGAGAACGGGUGCAAUAGUUGUGGAUAUAAAUAUUGAAGACAUGAACGAUAACUCUCCACAAUUUGACCGUCCUUUCUACAACGUUACGUUAAAUGAAGACAUGGCUAUAAAUACAGUAUUUGAGACAAUAUCGGCUACUGAUGAUGAUGCUGGGCAGAAUGGACAGGUUGAGUACAGAAUUAGCGCGAAUCAAAACGAUGCCAUCACCAAAACUUAUGCCAUAGACCCUACAUCUGGAGAACUCAGCGUGAUCAGUCAGCUUGUAUACAUUCCAAACGUACUCACCCAAAUAUUCGUCGAUGCUUCUGAUAAAGGAGCUCAACCAAGGACCACUCAAAUUCCAGUUUAUGUUAAUAUAAUAGACUCAAGCAAUAAUCCGCCAGAAAUUAACGUCAAUAUCCUUCAAGGAAAUAUUAAUGCAAGAAUCUCGGAAUACGCUAACGUCGGUGCCCCUGUUGCACACAUUGCCGUCAUAGACGGUGACACGGGACGUAACGGCAAAGUUGAAUGUAUUGGAAUAAGUGAUAAUUUCGGAUUAGAGAGAUACGAAACUAAUGAAUAUAAAGCUGUCGUAACUAAGCCCUUAAAUAGGGAACUUGUUCAAACCCACGAGGUCACAAUAGUAUGCAGAGACAGCGGCUCACCACCCCUUAAUUCCACAACAAGUUUCUUAGUUGUUGUCGUUGACCAAAAUGAUAACCCUCCUAGAUUUUCACAAGGAACCUAUUUCGCGAAAGCUGAAGAAAAUAAUCUCGUAGGUGAUGUAGUAGCAGCCGUUUCAGCGACAGACAUUGAUACUGGGAACAAUUCCAAAAUUGAAUAUAAACUUUUAAGCACGGGUGGAUACAGCUUCUGGAUCGACCCUGACCUUGGAGAGAUAAGAGCAAACUUUAGAUUAGAUAGAGAAAAUGUGACGAAAAUAGAAAUCAUUGUAGAAGCCCAAGAUAACGGAAACCCGAAAAUGUCUGCCACAUCGACUGUUGUUCUAUCAGUGACGGAUCAAAACGAUAACUACCCCAUCUUUUCACAACCCAAUUACGAAUUCUUUGUUUUAGAAGGGGUUCCUCACAAUACGACAGUGGAUCAGUUAACAGCCACGGACAAAGACUAUAGAGAGAACGGUACUGUUUCUUUCUCUUUUGACACUUCACCGCCAGCUAGCUUCCCAUUCAGCCUGUACUCGGACGGCACAGUUAAGAUGAUACGGACUUUAGACAGAGAAAAACAAGGGGUGUACAAGUUCACAGUGGUUGCCUCAGAUCAGAGCGACAAACCUUUGAGCAGCUCCGUUACAGUAACGGUUAUUGUAUUAGACGUGAAUGAUAAUGCACCCGUUUUUGUCUUCCCUGAUGUAGAUAACAACACGGCAACAAUUCCGCUUUCAAGUGCCCCUGAUUCGGUAACAAUCGUUGUCGUGGCAACUGAUAUCGACGCAGAUAGUAACGGAGAAGUGUCUUAUACAAUACUAGAUAAUAACAUGACAAGUUUGUUUUAUAUUGAAAGUGUAAACGGGGUGGGAAAUCUUAGGUUACGCCGUGCCCCAGGUGCGUCUGAGCCGUUACAAUAUACGCUGAGGAUAAAAGCCAUGGACAAUGGGAAGCCUAGUCAAUCUUCUAUACAACUUUUGACAAUAGUGUUUGCAAAAGAUGCUGAAGAGCCAAGUAAUAGACAAAAUUUCCUUAUCGCAAUAUCUCUGGGCUGUGUCACAGUAGUUUUAUCAAUUGCUAUAGUAUUGACUAUAUACCUUAUACGGCGCCAUGAUAGGCUUCGAACGAAGUCCAGUGCUCAUUUUAACGACAGGGCUGAUAUGGAGAUAGUUCCGGGAGAUAUGAAACACAGGGAGGAACUUGGAAGUACGUCCUCAGGGAGCAAGGAAAGUCUGAAGAAAGUUAGUUUUUCAACAGAUCAUAACUCGAGUCUCGAGUCCGAUCCUAACCGAGAUGUGUCCCAGUCGCCAUUGGUGAAUCUUGAUAACAUGAAGAAUAUAUUAGUGGAGAAUGGAAGAGUUCCUAGCUCAGCGUCCAGCCCUCGUAGUUACUCUUCUAGUCAACAAGACCCGGAUAUGCAGAGGCUCGAUCCCUCUACAGUUCUACAAAUUCAUAGGUCACUUUUACAGUCACAUGAUCAGUUAUGGACCAAUCACAGAGACGGACACACACCACCCUUAACCAAAGACCUUCUAAAACAUCACGAAGAUAACGGUUCUGAGUCCUCUGGCGAAACGGCCACGUAUGACAGCGGCCGAGGGGGUAGUGAGUCCGAUAUUCAAACGUCCAUGUCACAGUCACAUGACAAUGAUCAUAUAAAGACAGUUACAUUCGCCAAUAAACCUAUGUUACAUCAUUUUACUAAAGACAAUCAAUGGAGAGACGCCAGUGACUUUCCAUAUAAUAAUAAUCCUCAUCAUCAUCUUAAAUUCCCUUAUCCGCCGCCUAAACCUCCGCACAGUAAACCCAUGCUGCCCGUGAGGGACUAUGUUCGGUCUCCUUCCACAUCAUCUAGUCAUUCACAACAAAGUGUGCCCAAAUAUGGGAACAAACUUUCACCAAUCAACGACGGAUCCAGUCAUAUGACGUCAUAUGAUGAUGAUGACGACACGACUACGUCAGGAAGUUACACAAUUGACAAUGAUCAUGAAUGGAUGAACGAUACUCAGCCUCCAAGGUCAUACUUCCUGUCUCAUAACGAGGCUUACUGCUAAUUAUCUGUGAUAAAAAACAAAAAUUUGUAUCCACUCUAAGUGCAAUAUAUGCAGGGCAAGCUAUAUACAAAUGAAAAUAUGGCGAACAGUGAGGACGAACUCAAUAAAAAUAUGCUUUCCCUGGCGGUAUUCCGGAGAAUUUUCUGCGUCUUCCAUAAGAUUGUUUUUUAAAUGAAAUCCAUUGUGUUUUUGUGAUCUCAAAGAUCAACAUUAAACAUUAUUUUGAUCUCAUGCUAUAACGUGUUGACUCAAAAUUGCAAUUGUGUGUACGUCAAUGUUUCGCGAAUUGAUUGAUAAGUUGUUAUCAUUUGCAUGUAUCUAAAAUCAACUGUAUAAACAUAUGAAAAUGUGAUAUUUGAAAUAUUUGAGUAUAUUUAUGAAUACGGCAUUAAGGUGCUAUCUUAUUACAAAAUAUUAAAAAAUAUAUGAAACAAAGUAUA